UCCUGGGUUUAGAGGUCCAACACAUUAACACAUGGAUCAGAAAAAUCUUCUGAAAAUAUUUUUUAAUUGAGAGGAUUUUGAUACAUACAUACAUCAUACGGAGAAAACAUCUAGUACAUAUAAUCUUAAUUACCCCUUCUAGAGUGGGUAACCUAUUACUACUGCUACAUAUUGCACAUCAAAUGUCGGGAGAAGAGCCAGCACCGAUUGCGGAGCCUCUGCCAGAUCCGCCUAAGGCAGAGGGCGUCGGCGCGAGAGUCAGCAACAUGGUCUCAUAUCUGAGCGAGAAGGGAACAGAGAUCAUCGACAAAACCAAGGAAAAAACAAAAGAGGGAUACGCGAAAGCUAUGGAGAAUGAACGGUAAAUAGUAGUAGUUUUAGCACUGACCAGUAGAGAUAGUAGUUUUAGUAAAAAUGACCAGAGAUGAUGUACGGUCUUCUGCGCCUCCAGUAUGUAAUAAAUUUGUCUAGUUGUUUAGGAGAUGGUAUAUGAUUGUUUAAACGGGCGGUGGCAUAUAGUCCUCCUAUGGAAAAAAAAAGAGUUCUAGCAAGAGAAGGGCAGCCGAAGUCGCCAACUGAAUGAAUGAGUGACCCGCAUGCAAGUUCGAUUAGUUUUGGCUGUAGUACAAGUGGAAUUGCGAAAACAAUCGCUCUACUCUUUGACUUGACCAUGAUUUUAAUCCUUUUUUACAUUCACUUUUUAUCUCCAGGGUUGCCGCUCUCGCAGAGAAAACGCAAACACUUGCAGCGCAGGCGACUGAGAAAGCAAAGGGGAAAUAUGCGGAGGCCAUGGAAUUAGAAAGGGUGAAACUGGCACUCGAGAAGGGACAGGAAUACAAGGAGAAAAUCGGAGAAAGAGCAGCUGAAUAUUAUGAAAAGAGGAGGAAAGACAGUUGCCCUUUUCUCUUUUACAUCUUCCUCUGGUCUGUCUUUUUUCUAGUUAGGUCGGCACCGCCACAAUUAUAAGAAUGUUCUAUAAUGAUCAUAAAAACUACAAGCAACAUCUUAAAAUACUUACUUCUAGUACGUCGUCAACAUCGUGUUUUUCUUCUAAGCCACCAAGGAGAAAAUCGGAGAAAAAACGAGCGAGUUGAAAUCGAAGCUGGAGGAGAAGACGUCUGAGUACCGCGAUAAAGCGAAGGAAGCCAAAGAGAAGACCGCGGAGAAAACCAAAGCUCUCUGGAAGCGGGGAAAGGGCAAGAUCGUCAAAGUCAGGAAUGAAAUGGGACUGGCGUGGGGCAAAACCGCACAGGAAAUCCUACUCCAGAAAGAAGAAGCAGCGAAAAAGUGGACGGAUAUCAAGGUACAAUAGUCAGGAUGUGGUGACCGUGACCACUCAGUUCUUACUCAGGAAAAAGAAAAAGAACGUUCUUUCUAUCUACAGAAAUCACAUCAGGAAGUGCAAAGUGAAGUAGAAAGUAGAAACAGCUCUAGAAUACCCUCUAGAAUAGGCACAAUCAUCAUUCUUGGCACUUCCAACUCGACGAUUCGACGUAACGUAAUGUCGGUAACAUCAACAUAUCAUGAAACGAAACCAAACUUCCGGUAGACCCGAAAUACUACAAAAGAGGUGCCAUGAUAUGACAUGACAUGACAUGACAUGGCAUGACAUGACAUGACAUGACAUGACAUGACAUGACAACACCACGGACCUCAACCUCUUCUACUCCUCCAGAUCCGUGGUGCUGAGGAUAUCGUGGUAAGUGCAAGGUCCGAGUUCACGACCGCCUACCUUGUGGAGAAGGGGACUUUGAUGCGAUGGAGCUUCAGGGUGAAGGACUUCGAUAUUGGAUUUGGCGUCAGAGUACGAGUUAUGAAGGAUGGUGGCUCAGUGGAGGAGGAUGUCUUGCCAGUCGAGCGCUAUGACAAUGUUGAUACCAUCGAAGGAAGCUGGGUGGCAGAUGAAGAUAGUACAACUUUUAACUUUUAGACCCUUUUAGACUAGUACUUACAACUUUUACUUUUAUAAUAGUACAACUUUUAGACCCUUUUAUAGAUACUACUCGUCUUAUA